AUGUCGUUAGAUAAUGCUCUAUAUCCUCAUCUUCAGUCCAUGGCAGCAUUCUUGGACUUUCAUAAGUUGGCAUUGAAGACCUAUGGCGUUGUACUAUACCAUCCUGUAUUGAAGCUGAUGCAGAUGCAUUAUCCUGGGCAGUCUGCCAGGUCUGUUGAUGUGGAUGAGGGACUGGAGGAGUGGUGUGGGCUGAAGCUAAUGGUGAGUUACAUUGGUGUGAAGACUGUUCUCAAGCUUCCUCAUGAGAUGGACUUCAGUGGGAAGGAUGUUAGCGGUGUGCUCUUCCAGUAUCCAGACACUGAGGGCAGAGUGGAAGAUUUCACUGCACUUGUUGAUCAGGCUCACAAGGGUGGUGCACUGGCUUGCUGUGCCACAGACUUGCUGGCGCUCUGUGUGUUGCGUCCUCCUGGUGAGUUUGGAGUUGACAUCACCUUGGGCAGCUCUCAGCGCUUUGGAGUGCCUCUCUGCUAUGGUGGGCCUCAUGCUGCAUUCUUUGCAGUCAAAGAAAAUCUGGUUAGGAUGAUGCCAGGAAGGAUGGUCGGAGUGACCAGAGAUGCAGCUGGUAAAGAGGUUUAUCGUCUGGCUCUCCAGACCAGAGAGCAGCACAUCCGCAGGGACAAAGCCACCAGCAACAUCUGCACUGCCCAGGCUCUUCUUGCAAACAUGGCUGCCAUGUAUGCGUUGUAUCAAGGUCCUCAAGGAUUGAGGCACAUUGCAGAGAGAACCCACAAUGCAACGUUGAUUCUCGCUGAGGGACUAAAAAGAGCAGGGCACAAACUCCAACAUGAGAACUUCUUUGACACGCUGAAGAUCAACUGUGGUGUGGCUGGCAAGGACAUCUUAGAAAAAGCUAUGCAGCGGGAGAUCAACUUACGGGUGUACAGUGAUGGACUGCUUGGAGUGUCUCUGGAUGAAACUGUCACUGAGAGAGACUUGGACGAUCUGCUCUGGAUCUUCGGUUGUGAAUCCUCAGCUGAACUUAUUGCUGAGAAAAUGAGUGAACGAACAAAAGGAUUGCUGGCAAGCCCUUUCAAGAGAACCAGCAAGUUUCUUACCCAUACAGUGUUUAACAGUUAUCACUCAGAGACCAAUAUUGUACGUUACAUGAAGCGCCUGGAAAAUAAGGAUAUUUCCCUCGUACACAGUAUGAUUCCUUUGGGUUCGUGCACAAUGAAGCUGAACAGUUCCUCAGAGCUCAUGCCAAUCACCUGGAGAGAAUUUGCAAACAUCCACCCUUUCGUGCCACUGGAUCAGGCUGAAGGUUAUCAGCAGCUCUUCAGACAGCUAGAGAGAGACCUUUGUGAGAUUACAGGAUAUGAGAAGAUCUCCUUUCAACCAAAUAGUGGUGCGCAGGGGGAAUAUGCAGGCUUGGCUGCAAUCAAAGCCUAUCUAAAUUCCAAAGGAGAAUCUCACAGAACAGUUUGUCUGAUUCCCAAAUCCGCUCAUGGAACAAACCCUGCCAGCGCUCAGAUGGCAGGCAUGAAGGUUCAGGUGGUGGAGGUGGAUAAAGAUGGCAACAUUGAUGUGUCUCACCUUAAAGCCAUGGUGGACAAACAUAAGGCCAACUUGGCUGCCAUUAUGAUCACAUACCCCUCCACUAAUGGUGUAUUUGAGGAGAACGUGAGUGAAGUGUGUGAGCUCAUCCAUCAGAACGGCGGACAGGUGUACCUGGAUGGUGCCAACAUGAACGCACAGGUUGGAUUAUGUCGGCCAGGAGACUAUGGCUCAGAUGUGUCUCACCUGAAUCUCCAUAAAACCUUCUGCAUUCCUCACGGUGGUGGCGGCCCUGGGAUGGGACCAAUAGGAGUGAAACAGCAUCUCGCUCCCUUCCUGCCCAGUCAUCCAGUGGUGAACAUGCAGUCCAGUAAUGCAGGAAGUUCUCUGGGCACCAUCAGUGCCGCUCCCUGGGGCUCCAGCGCUAUCCUGCCCAUCUCAUGGGCUUACAUUAAGAUGAUGGGUUCAAAGGGUCUUGUUCAUGCUACAGAGGUGGCCAUCCUUAAUGCUAAUUACAUGGCUAAAAGACUGGAAAACCACUACAAAAUUCUUUUCAGGGGCUCUAAAGGAUUCAUUGCUCAUGAAUUUAUUUUGGAUGUGCGGCCUUUCAAAAAGUCAGCAAACAUUGAAGCAGUUGAUGUAGCAAAAAGACUGCAAGAUUAUGGUUUUCAUGCACCGACCAUGUCAUGGCCUGUGCCUGGUACUCUGAUGAUCGAACCCACAGAGUCUGAGGACAAGGCUGAGCUCGACCGCUUCUGUGACUCACUGCUGGCCAUCCGUCAGGAAAUCGCAGACAUUGAAGAGGGCCGGAUGGACUCAAGGGUUAAUCCUCUCAAGAUGGCUCCUCACUCAUUGGCCUGUAUUACCUCUACCACAUGGGACAGACCUUACUCCAGAGAGUAUGCUGCUUUCCCCAUGCCUUUCGUGAGACCUGAGACCAAGUUCUGGCCCACAAUUUCAAGGAUCGAUGACAUCUACGGUGACCAACAUCUCGUCUGCACCUGUCCACCCAUGGAUGUCUACGAGUCGCCAUAUGAAGAAAGGGCUUCGUCGUGACCUCAUUACUAAAUGAAAUGCUUCUUCAUCCAAAUGAACCAUUCCCAUCAAAUAUGAUCAUUUAUUCUUCCCUGUGAUUACAGUCUCUUCAGUACGUUCAUGGUGCCUCAUAUUUCCUUUUGCAUACAUUGCACAAAUAGCUGGCCUCUCCUCCUCUGUUACUCUACUAAAACGAUCCAAAUCUGAUUCAGAUACUGUAGUCGACCUUUAUAGGGGGUUAAUUUUUUUGUUGUUGUUUUUAUAUUUUUAUUCACUGUAUAAAAAAUAUUUGGGUGUUUUUGGUCUGUCUGUAGGCAUAACUCACUGGCACUGUUCUCAGUGUUAACAUUAAUUUUAUAGAUGUAAUGUAAGUUUUCUAAUUAUUUAAGAAAUUGAGCCUGUUUGUAGCAAUUUAAUAAAUAUUUUAA